GACAGAAAGCUGGAUUGUGAGCUCCAAUGACAAGUUGGCCAAUUAACAGAAAACAUCAAUCGAUUUGGAAUUGUUUCUUAGGAUCUCCAGGCCCUGGUCCACGGGAAAGGUCUGAAUGAAGAUGUCCGUUCUGGCGGUCACCACAAUGACAAGAAAGGACACCACAGAUCACAGCAGUCUCUUUAUCACAUAUCAUAUAUACACAACCAGAUGUACAAAGCCCGUGCUGUCCACCUACUGCCCCGCCAGUCACAGGAAGAAGUGCUGCCCCCGCCAGACAGUCACCGGAAGAAGUGCUGCCCCCGCCAGACAGUCACCGGAAGAAGUGCUGCCCCCGCCAGACAGUCACCGGAAGAAGUACUGCCCCCGACAAACAGUCACCGGAAGAAGUACUGCCCCCGCCAGACAGUCACAGGAAGAAGUACUGCCCCCGCCAGACAGUCACCGGAAGAAGUACUGCCCCCGCCAGUCACCGGAAGAAGUACUGCCCCCCGCCAGACAGUCACAGGAAGAAGUACUGCCCCCGCCAGACAGUCACCGGAAGAAGUACUGCCCCCAACAAACAGUCACCGGAAGAAGUACUGCCCCGCCAGACACAGGAAGAAGUGCUGCCCCCGCCAGACAGUCACCGGAAGAAGUACUGCCCCCGCCAGACAGUCACCGGAAGAAGUACUGCCCCCGCCAGACAGUCACAGGAAGAAGUACUGCCCCCGCCAGACAGUCACAGGAAGAAGUACUGCCCCCAACAAACAGUCACAGGAAGAAGUACUGCCCCCGCCAGACAGUCACAGGAAGAAGUACUGCCCCCAACAAACAGUCACCGGAAGAAGUGCUGCCCCCGCCAGUCACAGGAAGAAGUGCUGCCCCCGCCAGACAGUCACCGGAAGAAGUACUGCCCCCGCCAGACAGUCACAGGAAGAAGUACUGCCCCCGCCAGACAGUCACAGGAAGAAGUACUGCCCCCAACAAACAGUCACCGGAAGAAGUGCUGCCCCCGCCAGACAGUCACAGGAAGAAGUACUGCCCCCGCCAGACAGUCACAGGAAGAAGUACUGCCCCCGCCAGACAGUCACAGGAAGAAGUACUGCCCCCGCCAGACAGUCACCGGAAGAAGUACUGCCCCCGCCAGACAGUCACCGGAAGAAGUACUGCCCCCGCCAGACAGUCACCGGAAGAAGUACUGCCCCCGCCAGACAGUCACCGGAAGAAGUACUGCCCCCGCCAGACAGUCACAGGAAGAAGUACUGCCCCCGCCAGACAGUCACCGGAAGAAGUGCUGCCCCCGCCAGACAGUCACCGGAAGAAGUGCUGCCCCCGCCAGACAGUCACCGGAAGAAGUGCUGCCCCCGCCAGACAGUCACCGGAAGAAGUGCUGCCCCCGCCAGACAGUCACCGGAAGAAGUGCUGCCCCCGACAGACAGUCACAGGAAGAAGUACUGCCCCGCCACACAGUCACAGGAAGAAGUACUGCCCCCACCAGACAGUCACAGGAAGAAGUGCCGCCCUCUGCCUGAUGGUCACAGGAAGAAGAAGUGCUGACCUGCCGCUCAGAGGAAGAGCCAGAAGCGCUGCCCUCUACCUGCCGCUCAGAGGACGAGCCAAAGUGCUGCCCUCUACCUGCCGCUCAGAGGACGAGCCAAAGUGCUGCCCUCUA